AAAUAUGUGGCGAGGACAACUUCUCCAACGUCAUAUGGAAGAUGACUCCAGCUGGGGACACAGCGGCAGUACGCUGUCCUCCUAAUGCAAUGGGGCUAAUCCUACGCCGCUGCAGCCUGGAUGACGAGGGCGUCGCCUACUGGGAGAAUCCCACCUAUAUGAAGUGCAUCUCCAAUGACUAUCGCAGCAUACAAACUCUGACACGGGAGCAUUUGUCCAAAGCGCAACGUGGCCUUGUGGGAGAUGGAGUUUCUGAUGUGAUGACCAAGCUGAGAGUGACGUCGAGUGAUGGGACCAGUUACAGCGGUGAUCUGUUGGCCAUUGUGGAUGUGCUGAAGAAUAUGACGGAGAUCUUCAGGAGGGCGUACUACAGCCCCAGCAGUGUAGAUAUGAGGAACUUUGUGCAGUCUGUCAGCAAUCUGUUGAUAGAAGAGAACAGGGAGAGAUGGGAGGAAGCACAACUGGUUAGUGUCACGCCGUCUUUUCUUAAACCAGCCACAACUGUAAUCACAUCUUCGGUCAGUGCAUAA